GCCAAAAAGAAUCACAAUUCAGUGAAAAAUCAUCAGUAUUUAUUAAGGAAAUUUAAUGAUAUGGCAGCAUCCAGCCUUAAUUUGGCCCUAAAAGAGAAAUCUUUUUGCAGUGAUGAUUGUUUCCUAUCCCGUUUCCUACAUGCUCGAAAAUUUGAUUGUGAUCAAGCUAUGGACUUGUUAAUAAAAUAUUUACAAUAUAAACAAAAUAAUGCUCAAAUUCUGAGAGAUAUCAAUAUAUUUGAUGAACAAAUACAGCUAGCCCUAAGGGAUGGUAAUCCGGGGCUACUGAAUCAGCGUGAUCGUCGUGGUCGGAAAGUUAUAACAUUUACCGCAGCCAAUUGGAAUACCAGUAAAUAUAGUUUAUUGGAUAUCUACAGAGCCCUAUUGCUGACACUUGACAAACUCCUCGAAGAUGUACAAAAUCAGGCAUUGGGGUUUGUGGUUAUUGUGGACUGGACGAAUUUCACCUUUAAACAGUCGUCAUACUUAACACCGAAAAUAUUAAAAACCAUGAUUGAGGGAUUACAAGACUGCAUGCCCAUUAAAUUCAAGGGUAUACAUUUCAUAGCCCAACCCUGGUAUGUGGAAUUGGCGCUGUCGGUCAUCAAACCUUUUUUAAAGGAGAAAAUCAAAGAACGUUUUUAUAUCCAUGGCACGAAUCUUAACUCUUUACAUGAAUUAGUAUCUAAGGACAUCCUACCAUCAGAGCUGGGUGGUGAAACACCCAAUGUCAAUAAUUUAGAUUGGUAUCAUUAUCUCUUGGAUUCCAGUCAAUCGACUGCGGACAAUAACACCACAAAGCCUUAUAGAAUAAUUAAGGAAAUUAUUUACUCGAAACCUACACUUAAGUUAGAUGAUAAGCAGAACCCAUUUACCGAUAAUAAUUGCUCAAAUUUAGUAAAACUGAAAUCAUGAUACCAAAUUGAAAAUGAAAAAAAAAA